AUGCAUUGGUGGCUACUCUUUGUCUUUUUGCCAUUAUCCUGCGAAGGAUUGCCGGAGCGUGAGCUGCUGGAAUUGGAGUUGGAUUAUGGGGUGACGGAACCGCAGCGAACUUCGCUGCUCCAGAGCAGUCUGAUAUUGCAAUUUGCCCAGGACUAUAAGCACAUCCCCAGGAUAACCUACUUCACGUGCCAGAAGCCUCAUUCUCAGACUUCGAACGAUGGACCGAACCAAAUUCCCAGUGCUGCAGAAAUUCGCGUCGCCUUCGCGGCGAAGAAUUUUCAGCUGAUUAAGAGUCUCUACGAAAGCGAACUCUUUGUGCGGAUUGUCCUUCUCGAUGUGCUGGCCCAGGCGCCUCCUUCUAGUGGACGACCCAACCGUCCGGGUGGCGGACCAAGCGGUGGCUUCAGCCAGGCGCCCAGCCAGGCGCAGAGCAAUUCCGAGUGGCUGGAGAGCGUCCUGCGGAUGGAAGCCCUCAGGCAAAUUGCGGUCGUGGAUCUGGCAUGCGGCGCCCUCAGUCGACGAUUUCUCGAGUUGGCUUCCGCCAAGAUGCUCUACAGCGAGAAGUUUCACUGGCUAUUGAUAGAGGAUUUCGCCUGGAAUGGAAGGAUGCAGACAGCCGAAGGAUCGGUGAACCGAGACGAGCAGGAGGAGGUGACACAGGGCCAGCAAAUUCAGACGACUGAUGAUGAUGACCUUCCUACCAUCCAGAGCUUCUUGGGGGGUAUGAACCUGUACAUGAACACCGAACUAACGCUGGCCAAGCGAAUGUCCGAGGCAGCCCACUACACUCUGUUCGAUGUCUGGAACCCCGGACUCAACUACGGUGGACACGUCAAUCUGACCGAAAUUGGCAGCUUCACGCCGUCAGAGGGAAUCCAGUUGUACACAUGGUUUCGGACCACGUCCACAGUUCGUCGCAGGAUGGACAUGCAGCAUGCCAGGGUGCGCUGUAUGGUUGUGGUGACCAACAAGAACAUGACGGGCACCCUGAUGUACUACCUCACGCACACGGUGUCGGGUCACAUCGACACGAUGAACCGCUUCAACUUCAAUCUGCUGAUGGCAGUGCGCGACAUGUUCAACUGGACGUUCGUCCUUUCCAGGACCACAUCUUGGGGGUACGUAAAGAACGGACGGUUCGAUGGCAUGAUUGGCGCCCUCAUACGUAAUGAGACGGAUAUUGGCGGAGCACCGAUAUUCUACUGGCUGGAAAGGCACAAAUGGAUCGAUGUGGCUGGGCGAAGUUGGUCAAGUCGUCCCUGUUUUAUCUUUCGACAUCCGAGAAGCACCCAAAAGGAUCGUAUCGUAUUCCUGCAACCCUUUACCAAUGAUGUCUGGGUUUUAAUCGUAGGUUGUGGUAUUUUGACAGUAUUUAUUCUUUGGUUUUUGACUACCAUCGAGUGGAAAUUGGUGCCACAUGAUGGCUCAGCUUUGAUUAAACCGAAAGGAGGAGCACCGCCAAGACAUCAUUAUCAGCAACCGCAACAGCAGGAACAAAGGCCGGCUACAGCACGUCCUAUUACUGCAGUGUCAGUUGUGGUCAAUGAAGAAAAAAUAGAAGAAAAAGGGUAUGACAAAGAAGAUUCAGCUCCAAUUGAUGCUGGAACUCUAUGGCAACGUUGUUACCAGAAGCUAAAUAAGUACAUCCAGGAUCGCAAGGCUAAGCAGAAGAAAUCUCCCGAAAGAGUGGGUCUCUUCCUGGAAUCCGUACUCUUUUUCGUGGGAAUUAUUUGCCAACAGGGUCUGGGUUUUUCCACCAGCUUUGUUUCAGGACGUUGCAUUGUAAUUACCAGCUUGCUCUUCUCUUUUUGCAUCUAUCAGUUUUACUCUGCCAGUAUUGUGGGAACUCUUCUGAUGGAGAAGCCGAAGACCAUUAAAACUUUAAGUGAUUUGGUGCAUAGUUCGUUGAAAGUGGGUAUGGAGGAUAUUUUGUACAACAGGGAUUACUUUUUGCACACUAAAGACCCCGUUUCCAUGGAACUUUAUGCCAAGAAGAUUACAAGUGUUCCUACCACCAAAGAAAACGAAGCUGAUGAGGAUGAACCAGUCGAUCCCAAUCCAGCCUCUACUGAUCCUGCUAAGUCCUAUCGGGAUAUAGUUCACAGCCAUGAAACGGGUGCUCAUGCCAAGGAUAAUGCUGCUAGUAACUGGUUAGAUCCGGAAACGGGUUUGCUAAGGGUUAAACAUGAACGUUUUGCCUUUCAUGUGGAUGUGGCUGCUGCUUACAAGAUCAUUGCUGAAACCUUUAGCGAACAGGAUAUCUGUGACCUCACUGAAGUUAGUAUGUUUCCUCCCCAAAAAACUGUGAGCAUUAUGCAAAAGAACUCGCCAAUGAGGAAGGUUAUCUCUUAUGGAUUAAGACGCGUCACUGAAACAGGAAUCCUGACAUAUCACUUUAAUGUCUGGCACUCAAGGAAACCGCCUUGUGUGAAGAAAAUUGAGACCUCAGACUUGCAUGUUGACAUGGAUACCGUGAGUUCUGCCUUGUUGAUACUCCUUUUCAGCUAUGGCAUUACCCUAAUGAUUCUGGGCUCAGAGAUCUUAUAUUCUAAGUGGCACAAUCGCCUCAUAAUCAGACUCAAUUAAAGUGGGUUGAAGGCAGUUCAAUGUUAUCGAAUAAAAUCCAAAAGCAGAGAGCUUAAACUCUGACACUUGA